UAACACUGUUGCUAUAAAGGUUUUAAAGCAAAAUCACUUUCAGUCCUGUUUAAUCAAUUUCAUCAUCCUUCACUUUUGAUCUUAUGAGGAAACUGCUCAAAAUGCCAUUUAUUAUGGUAAAUUAAGUUACUGUUUAAUUUAAGGCUAUGGAGCUGCUGGUGGAGAAGGCCAUCAGCAGUGCCUCUGGACCAAUGAGCCCCGGAGAUGCUCUUCGAAGAGGCUUUGAAUGUAUUUCCUCAGGCAUUCUGCUGUCUGGUGCUCCAGGAUUGAUAGACCCCUGUGAGAAGAAUCCAACAGAUACACUGGCUACCAUGGAAGAGCAGCAGAGAGAGGACAUUACAUCAAGCGCUCAGUUUGCCUUGAGGCUGCUGGCGUUCCGUCAGAUUCACAAGGUUCUGGGUAUGGACCCCUUGCCCCAGAUGAACUCGCGCUUCAACGUACGGAAUAACCGCAAGAGGCGACGUGACAACAGCGACGGGACCGAUGGAUUUGAAGCUGAAGGGAAGAAAGACAAGAAGGACUACGAGGGGUUCUGAAGUGCACUACAGUACAACUAGCCCUGCUCUCCCUGCGCCCAUUAUAAAUCCUGUUCAUUCCAGGAAUACGAAAUGUUGUUUCUUUUGACCUCUGUGCAUGCUGAUUACUACUCAUUAAGUUCUGUUUUUAAGAUCUGCUAAAGACC